CGCUAUGACGAGCCCACGAAGAAGUUAGCUGAUGACGUCACCACUGAACCAGGAAGUGUCAACGACAGUAAUCUAACCAAAACAAAUUAAGUCGAGAUCGCAGCUAAAUAAUAAUUGUCAUUUUAUCACCGAGAAACCAAUACGUCUCGACAUGGAUGAAACACUUUUCCAAUUAAAGUUUACCUCCAAGCAACUUGAGAGACUGGCCAAAAAGGCAGAGAAAGAAUCUGAGAAGGAGCAGGCCAAAGUCAAGAAGGCUCUGCAACAGAAAAAUGUGGAAGUUGCCCGAGUGUAUGCAGAGAAUGCAAUCAGGAAAAAGAAUGAAGGUCUGAACUGGCUGCGUAUGGCGUCUCGUGUCGAUGCGGUGGCUUCUAAAGUGCAGACGGCUGUCACCAUGAAAUCAGUGACUAAAAACAUGAGCCAGGUGACCAAGGCCCUGGACAAAGCUCUUCACUCUAUGGACCUCCAAAAGGUCUCUGUUGUCAUGGAUAAGUUUGAAAGCCAAGUCCAGAACCUGGACGUCCACACCUCGGUGAUGGAGGACUCCAUGAGCUCAGCAAUGACGCUGACCACGCCGCAGGAACAGGUGGAUGACUUGAUCCACCAGAUAGCAGAGCAGAACGGUCUGGAGGUGAUGGACCAGCUGGACAAGUUGCCCGCAGGAGCCACCUCAGUGGGUGCAGAGAGUUCCCGCGCCCAGGAGAAGGAAGACCAGCUUUCUAGACGGUUGGCAGCCCUGCGGAACUGAGGCAACAAACAAAACCAGCUUCUGGUGGUGGGAGAACUUUCUGUAUUUGUACUCAACCCUUCCUCACACACACACACACACACACACACACACACACACACACACACACACACACACACACACACACACACACACGCGCGCGCAAGGUCACCUGAGUUUACCUAUAAACCUCAGGUGUAUCCUUCUCUUUCGUUUCUGUAUGUCAUUUAAUACUCCAUAUUGUUCCUUCUUUUUUAUACAAAAGGUUGUGCGCUCGCAACAUCCAAACUUGUUUUUCAACUCCUUUACAACAGUGUGAGUGUCCAAAGCGUGUAGAUGCACUUAAUGAGCUGAGCACGUCAAGGCUGGAAAGGUUUUUCAACGGGUGGAGAGAUGCUCUCCAGCCUUCACUCAAUAAUUCACUUGGUCAGCCAUAACCCAAACUAACACGUUUGUUGCAGAGGUAAAUAAAAACGUGUUAGCCAGGAAAUAGUUGGCAUGUCCACAUAUGUUGCGUUUGGACACCACCCACUGGAGUUACUGCAUGUAAAACUUGAUGAUAAAGGACAAGUUAUUAAUAUUGAUGCUGCACAAUCCUCGCUUAGUACACUCAGUUUUUUUACCAACAUUUACGCCUUCAUCCAUACUCGGAAUGCCUUUUAUUGGGCGACGCUCGCUCUUCUCCUGACAGUGCCUGAAGGAAAAGUGAUGAUGCUAAAACACACGUGAUGAUGCUAAAACACACGUGAUGAUGCGAAAACACACGUGAUGAUGCUAAAACACACGUGAUGAUGCUAACACACACGUGAUGAAGCUAUGUGCUUCUUUCGGACAAAUUCUUAUUCAAAGUGUGUUGUGUGACAUCCAACAGGUCUAGCUUUUAUUUUCUAGAUGUGUAUUGAGCCUAAAUGCUGUCUUUAAGAGCAGCAUAUAUUGAAAGACAUCAAAAGGGUUUACAACACGCACAUUUUUCUUGUUGUUUAAACUACUGAGUCGUUAUUUUUCUGUCACAUUUAAAAGCUUCUUUUCUUCUCUGGAGAAGCCAGGCCUUGACUUUCUUGUGCUUCAUUCAAAGCAAGGGAAGGUUUUUCCCCUGACUUUUUAGGCUGACAUCAGGACUUUGCUGCACUUUUAAUGAUGUUUUGGAAAUAAAACAUGAUCUUCAAACCUCAA